AUGGCAAAACCAGCUAAGUUCUUGCGUAAUGUUCCUCGCUGGUCAACACUGUUUCCGGUGGUGCUCUACGUGCUCUUCAUCCUUUGUAUCCUAGUGCUGGUGUUUUCCUCCCGCCAAAGUCAGGGCGAUGGAAAGCUCCGUCAAGCUGAACACGGUUUCUCGAACGACAUUCCCAACGUGCCCGCUCCGCUAGUGUACCGGAAGCUGGAGGAGGGGAUUAUGAAAGAGAUGUCGGCAGCAUUUGCAAAAGCCGAUACAAAUGGUGACAAGCAUCUGACGGUGCAGGAGUUGGCAAAGUUUAUAAAUUUCAAAAUCCGCGAACACAUCGACGAAGCCAUUCGCACCAAUCCGAUCCUGUUCGUUGAGAUUGACCAUAAACCACGCGACGGGUUGGUAAGCUGGGACGAGUAUCAAAGCUACUGGUUGCGCGAGAGAGGCAUCGAGGGAGACAGCCACAUGAAGAAAAGCAUGUUCGAUAAGCUGGACCGCAAGGUGAAGGAAUCGAUUGCGCGGGAUAAGGCGCACUGGAUGGAAGCGGCCCGUACGGACCCGCUCAGUCUCACGUUGGAUGAGUUUCUAUCGUUUCGCCAUCCGGAAUCGAGCACGGUUAAUCUGCUGAACCUGGUCGAUGAUAUACUGCGGCAGUUCGAUGUUGACGGUGAUGAUCAUUUGACGAUCGAGGAGUUUUCCGACGUCCAAACGACGGAUCUGGGUGAGGGCAAAAAGUUCAUCCUUUCGCAAAACGUGCGUGAGCGGAAGGAAGAGUUCGCGAAAGUGAUUGACAAAAACCGAGACGGGAAGGCUGAUAGGGGUGAACUGCUGUCCUAUGUUGAUCCAAGGCAUCCACGCUACGCUAUACAGGAAGCUUCGACGUUAUUCUCUCUUGCCGACACAAAUAAUGAUAAGAAACUUGUAAUGCACGAGAUGCUGGCCAGCUCGUCAAUUUUCAUAUCCUCAAAGAUGAUCCACACUGCGGAGAGUUUUCACGAUGAAUUUUAAACAUUCGGUAUUACCUUUGAUCAAGAGUAAUCAACGUUUCGUUGCUCUGAAAGUGAUGCAUAUCUGUGAAAUAAAUAUGUUAUGUUUGUUUUAUUUAA